AUUAUUAAAGCAGUCCUUUUUCUUUUAAGCACAUGAAUUAAUUUGUCUAAUUUGCGUAGACGUUGUAUAGUUUGACCAUUGCUUUUCUACUGCAGUUUUGUUUGACAUGCACUUAAAACUUCAAUUCAUCAGUUCAGAGAGAGAAAAGUUCACUACCACCAGAAACAUAAACAUUAAACACUUUCUCAAAAUCGAGAAUGACAGAUCGAGCAAACAACUUCCCCCCUCUGCCAAAGUUUAUGCGCAUAAAGCCAUGUUUUUACCAGAACGUGGCUGAGGAAAUUCCACAACCCUACCAGCAGCUUGUGCGUCGUGUUUACAAUCUUUGGAUGUUGUACUGUAUCACACUAUGUGUUAAUGUGGUGGCCUGCAUAGCCUGGUGGGCCGGCGGGGGCAAAGUGGACAACUUUGGGUUUGCGCUCCUCUGGCUGCUGGUUUUCAGCCCAUGUAGCUACACCUGCUGGUUCAGGCCACUCUAUAAAGCCUUCCGGGCUGAUAGUUCCUUCAACUUCAUGGCAUUCUUCUUCAUUUUCUUUCUGCAAUGUGUUCUUGCCUUCAUCCAGAGUCUUGGAAUAUCAGGUUGGGGUGCUUGUGGCUGGAUUGCCACAGUGAUGUUUUUCGGCACGAAUGUAGCCUCGGCUAUAUUCAUGCUCAUCUCUACUCUGCUCUUUACCAUAGAUACAGUUCUAAUGGUGUUCAUUCUCAUCAAGGUUCAUCGACUGUAUCGCGGUGGAGGAGGCAGUUUUCAGCAGGCACAGGAAGAAUGGAGCACGGGCGCUUGGAAAAGUGGCCCUGUGAGGGAAGCUGGAUUCAACGCCAUCUCUGAAACCGGCCCCAGCCUGCCCCAGUAUCCAGCCGCUGUGCCCAAUUACCCAGAGAGCGGACCCUGGUGAUACUUUUUCUGAAAGAGUACCACUGGUUGUCUUAACAUUAAAGGGGCAGUUUGCAGUGGGACGUUACCCUUUAUUUUGUGCCGAGAAAACAGAUCGCGGACUUGUGAAUAGUUGCUUUGCAUUUGUACAAUGUUUAAAAAAAAUUUUUUUAUACAUAUAUAUAGCAAAAAGAUCUAAUGUUAAAUCACUCCUUAAAAAAUGUGUAUAAACCUAAAUAGUUUGUUCAAGUUAAUAUUUUGAACACUUUAAUGUGAAUGAUGAUCAAAAAUGUGUCAAACCACAAAUCGCCACCCAGGAGGUUAAAUAACCAAGCCAAAUAAGCAAACUGCUCCUUUAAAGACUCUCAACACAUAUUACUCUCAAACUGACAGGAAAACGGUGGACCAUUAGUAUAAAAAUAGCAAAAAAAGGACACUGUUAAGUUGAUGAAUUCAUCUCAGUUCAUCUGAGCCUUGACUUUUCUUAUUCCAUUGACUUGCUUGAGAAUGAAAUCAGAAUAGUUGCAUAUCAAAUCACUGAAUCAUGUAGAAUACAUAUGCAUAUACUGUAUAUGACUGUAUUCCGUACAAUCACAUUACCGUUUUAGGGAAAGUGAUUUUUUUUUAGAGGAAAAAGCAUGUCAAAACUUUUUUCAAAAUCAUGGCAGCUUUUCUAUUUACCUCAAGAAAUGUCCACAUCAGUGCUUCUGCAAUUCAUUUCAAACUGUGGUUAAUUAUUCGUUCAGACUUUCAAGAUCCACAAGCAUGAAUUAGAUGUCUUUGUAAAUGGUAUGAUUUGCAUAUGACACACCCUUUUUAAACCUCAACACAGCGUUGCAGAUUUUUUUAAAGAUCUAUGACUGAGAAUGUUUCUUGCAAACACAUCUUGUGCCUGCUUUCUUUUCUGUUUAAAGCUUUUCACAUCUUCGAAAUGAAGACCGCCUUAAUUCUUCAUGCAAAUUAAGCAUGUGUGAACCAAUAGCUUUCAAGUUUCCCUCAAGUGCUACAACUCUAUUGGUGGAUGUGGCUACAUCCUGUGCUGUUAUUAAUAAUGGCUUCUAAAUAUGUAUUACUUUGCAUUUAAUCCUUGUAUCAUUUCAGUAAUCAUUGUGCUUCGUAUUGUGUUUACAAAUGUGGUUGGCAGGAGGCACUCAAUAUGAACAUGUGACUUGAUCUUUAUUAGUUUUCGUUUAAGAUCUCCCUCCACCGAGCCAAAGGAGGCUGAUUUUGAAAUGUUCCAUGACUGGCCUUGUGUAGCCAAAGUAUUUAACAAUCCUGUAUCUAAAAUGUGACCAGACUGGCUCUCUAACGAAGUUUAUUUCAAUAAAAACAUUCCUUUUCAGAUGGAAGUUGCUUACAUUUUAGUUGCUCCUUGCUUCUGAAUAUGCAUACUUUCUAAAUAUAUUUUAGUAGGCAAAAUUAAUAGUAUGUCCAAAGUCAUAGUAUUAAUUGAGGUGAAACAGAGAGAGAAUAGACGUAGUUAAGAAAUGUGUACUUGAGUACAACGCCGGGUCAUGGCACCAAAAAAUACUGACUUGCAUGCUCUGUACUCUACUGAGAGAGUGAAUGUCGCAAAGAGCUUCCCUAACAAAUGUAAUAGCUACUCAGUAUGUGAUUUUGGAUGCAGCUACUAAUUGGUAGGAUGUUUACCUUAGUUUUUUCUUGAUAGGGCAGCAGAUGUAUCUACAUUUUCUAAAAAAGCUAUGUUAAGAGAACAUUCACAGGUUGUCUUGACAAACCUUGCUUUUCUACUUAAUGUAUAAAUUCCUUUGAAUUUCAAUUAGUUUUAAUUCUACUUGCAUUGCAUUUUAAACUAAUUUUGCAAAAAAAAAAAGUUUUUUUAUUUUA